GUGAGCUGGAAAUCUUUGUGGAUUUUUGAUGAAACCUUCRGAGGGCUGGACUGCUCUGUUUCCAACAAGAUACACAAAAAAACAAUGUUUCACAGUAGAGAUCAUUUGAUUCAGUUUAUCAAGGACUGGAUUCUCUAAGUCAUCAUAUGGACCUGAAAGGCACAAAGCAAAUGUUGGAUAUGGAUGAAACAAGCUCUUUGGAGGAAUCUCUUGAGACAGUCCUUUCCAAGAAAAGCGGACAAAGGGCUUUUCGGGACUUURUAAGGUCAGAGUUCUGUGAGGAAAACCUGGAUUUCUGGCUCGCAUGUCAGGAAUUCCAAACGUCUGAGCGUCCAGAGGAGCGAACCCAGAUAGCAGCGAGUAUCUAUGAAGAGUUCAUCAAGGAUGACUCACCCAAACAGGUGAAUUUGGAUUUCUACACGAAAGACGGGAUCAGAGAGAGUCUCCAACAACCAGGUUCAUCGUGCUUCARGGUGGCUCAGAGGAAAAUAUUCAGCCUGAUGAAGAACGACUGUUUUCCUCGCUUCACUCAAACGGAGCAGUACAAAGUUUUUAUCAGUGCAGCUUUCAAGCAGCGAGGCCUCAGGAGACACAGGGUGGCUGUGAAGAUCAGGUCAUCCAGGGGGGGUUUCAGGGAGAACAGGUUUCACAGCAGCCUCCUGCUCUUGCACAAGGACUGACACGGUGUCUUCUGUGGUGUAAGAUGUUUUUUUUUUUUCAGACAGACUGGGUGAAGGGUGUGCUCACACUUCCCCUUCCUUCCAAACAUCACAACAUGCUGCCAGACAAGCGCCGUGCAAGCCACCGAGUGGACAUGACUCACUGCAGGAAAUGCAAACUCAGACAUUACCAAAAGUAAAGCUGUUGUUUUUGUUAGUGAAGCAGCUGACGGACUCACUCCCAGCCCUGAAAAGAACUUUUAUUUAURGAUCGAAACUCAUUCCACGAACUCAGGAUUUUUUUUUUGUGACUUUGAACUUAAACAGAAUUGAUGCAAACUUGAAGUGACGGUGUCAUGAGUCAGGAGGCAGAUACUACUGCUGAUUUAUUUGUGGUAAAUCACGUGGUUUCAUAGAAGCUGCUUACAUCCCAGUGGUGUCAAGAAAGUGGGUUCUGGCCUGCAGCUGCUGUGAUGCUGCCACCUGCUGGUGACUGUGAAGACUUACAGCCAAACUGAACUUAGCACAAGCAAUAAGGCAAGGCAAAUUUAUUUUUAUAGCAUCUUUUCUGUACAAGACAACUCAAAGUGUUUUAUAUAAAAGUUUAUAAAACCCAUAAAAAACAGUUUAAAAAGAAACAAAUCAAUAAAACUACUCUCAGCUGUUAUAUGUGU